ACUGGAUGCCGAAAGCCAUAAGUCAAAGCGUUGUCAUCGCAGCUUCGCCUGAACUCUGCCAGUCGUACACGGUUGUUCCGAGCGGUUGGAUCUCCGGUCUUAAAACACAAACGCACUUCCAAGAAAAUCUCGAUAAAAAUUCGCACUUAGGGCUUCCACUUAAUUGUACUAGUACGCUGGAAAUUAAAGUGUUGUUCUGCUGAAUCAUUUCGCUUUGGGGCGGAAGUUUCCCCCAUUUUCCGCGUUCGCGUGCGGCCAUUAAUUUGAAUGGGCACCUGAUUUUUAUCGCAAUCGAAAGCCGCCCACCAUUUUCCGGCCAAGUUCGCUUACGUUAACCGAGAACGAAAUAAAUAUGUGCCACCAUUAACCACCAUUGUCAUUUGGCCGGCGAUGCCUCAAUGGAGAAGACCGAAUGUGAAAAAAGCUACUCCUUUGGCGCGUGUGAAGUUGUGACUCGACCCAAUUAAGCAAAAACGCAAAUAUAAUUAACAAAAAUAUUUUAAUUAUACCAGCUGAUGGCGGAAAAAAGCUUUCACUGCAACACUACAGCCAAACCCGUUUUCGUACUUAAAAACCUGCAUACAUAUGUACGAAUACAGUUGUUGCUCUUACUAUAAGGGACAUAAUAAGAUAUAGUAAGAGCCAGCAGCCAAGCGGCCGCGUCGCAUCGUAUUCGGCAACUUGUUUAUUUCAAAAUUAUAUAUAACAAACACCUAAAAAAAAGCCCCAAAACGGGUAUCUUAUAAAUAGUGCGCUUUGUCUCGGCGCACAACAACAACAUCGACACCCCAACAACUCUGGCUCUCACUUGACGUAGGUCAGGCCAAAGCUCCGCACGAUCCAAAAAAAAAAAAACGAAAAAAAAACAACAAAAAUAUUCCAUACCUGUUGCCGGCGUUUUGAUCGAGAAAAGAGAGGUAGACCGAUAAAUGGGUCUCGGCUCAUCUCCGUAGACUCCAUCCAUCGAUCGUCUCCGAGAAAAUGAUACACUGGUCACUAAUAGUUAGCGCCCUGGGCGUCUGCGUGGCCGCUUUGGGCGGCUACUGCGGUUGGAUUCUCUUUCCCAACAUGGUGCACAAAAAGGUCGAGCAGAGCGUUAUAAUAGCAGAUGGUUCGGAACAAUAUAAGCGUUUUGUUAACCUGCCGCAGCCAUUGAACUUCAAAGUGUACAUAUUUAACGUGACCAAUCCGGAUAGGAUACAACAAGGUGCCAUACCGAUAGUAGAGGAAAUAGGACCCUAUGUGUACAAGCAGUUCCGUCAGAAGAAAGUUAAGCACUUUUCAAGGGAUGGCUCAAAAAUUUCAUACGUGCAAAAUGUUCACUUUGAUUUCGAUGCCGAUGCCUCGGCUCCAUACACCCAAGAUGACCGCAUUGUGGCGCUAAAUAUGCACAUGAACGCAUUUUUACAAGUAUUCGAAAGAGAAAUCACAGAUAUCUUUCAGGGUUUUGCCAAUAGGCUGAACUCCCGAUUGAAUCAAACUCCGGGAGUACGAGUCCUGAAACGAUUGAUGGAACGUAUUCGAGGGAAACGUAAAUCUGUUCUGCAAAUCUCUGAAAAUGACCCUGGCUUGGCUUUACUACUGGUGCAUUUAAAUGCCAAUCUUAAGGCGGUAUUUAACGACCCAAGAUCGAUGUUUGUUAGCACCUCAGUGAGGGAAUAUCUGUUCGAUGGAGUGCGUUUCUGCAUCAAUCCGCAGGGGAUUGCUAAAGCUAUUUGUAACCAGAUCAAGGAAAGUGGGUCGAAGACCAUCAGAGAGCAAAGCGAUGGCAGCUUGGCCUUCUCAUUCUUUGGACAUAAAAAUGGAUCUGGACAUGAAGUCUAUGAAGUGCACACUGGAAAAGGGGAUCCAAUGAGGGUUUUGGAGAUCCAGAAACUGGAUGAUAACCACAAUCUGCAGGUUUGGCUAAAUGCCAGCACAGAGGGUGAGACCUCCGUUUGCAACCAGAUCAAUGGAACCGAUGCCUCCGCCUAUCCACCAUUUCGACAGCGAGGAGAUUCCAUGUACAUCUUCAGUGCGGAUAUCUGUAGAUCGGUGGAACUAUUCUACCAGACGGAUAUUCAGUACCAGGGAAUACCUGGAUAUCGUUACUCCAUCGGCGAGAACUUUAUCAACGACAUUGGACCGGAACAUGACAACGAAUGUUUUUGCGUUGACAAAUUGGCGAAUGUGAUUAAACGGAAAAAUGGAUGCCUCUAUGCAGGUGCCUUGGAUUUGACCACCUGUUUAGAUGCCCCUGUGAUUUUAACAUUGCCUCAUAUGUUGGGCGCCUCGAACGAGUACCGAAAGAUGAUUCGAGGCCUUAAGCCAGAUGCAAAAAAGCAUCAGACUUUUGUGGAUGUGCAGUCGCUGACGGGCACACCUUUACGAGGCGGUAAAAGGGUUCAGUUUAAUAUGUUCUUAAAGAGCAUCAAUCGUAUAGGCAUCACCGAAAAUUUACCCACAGUUUUGAUGCCCUCUAUUUGGGUUGAAGAGGGCAUUCAACUCAACGGUGAAAUGGUGGCCUUUUUCAAAAAGAAAUUGAUUAACACACUAAAAACGCUCAAUAUUGUCCACUGGGCGACCUUGUGCGGUGGCAUUGGUGUGGCGGUUAUAUGCCUGAUAUACUAUAUCUAUCAAAAGGGGCGUGUCGAGGAACCACCCGUGAAGUAAGAUAUUAAUCAUAGAUCUGUAUUUGUUAUUGAGUGUUAUGUAAAAGUGUAUUUGUUAUAUUAUUAUGAUAAUUGUGGAUGUAACACACGCAGUUUUUGUCUACGAAUUUGUAUAUAAUUUAUUUUUUAAAUGUGAUUCUAUUGUAUUGUGAUUUAGCGUUUACUAAAAAAAAAACAAGAAAAAGCUACUACGAAUUAA